GAGAGAGAGAGAGAGAGAGAGAGCGAGUCAUCCGGAUCCGCUAGUAUAAAUACUCACAGCCUCCGCUCCAGAAAUUCAUUCUGCAUCUGCGCCUUCCAUUUUCUUCCUCCUUUUAUUGCAUUCCCGAGAUCUCUCUUUCCACCAAAAGAUACAUUAUGGAUACCUUCCUAUUCACCUCAGAAUCUGUCAACGAAGGUCACCCCGACAAGCUCUGCGACCAAGUCUCCGACGCCAUUCUCGAUGCUUGCCUCGAACAGGACCCAGAGAGCAAAGUAGCAUGUGAAACAUGCACAAAGACGAACAUGGUCAUGGUCUUCGGUGAAAUCACAACCAAGGCCAUAGUCAACUACGAGAAGAUCGUACGCGACACAUGCAGAGGAAUUGGCUUCAUCUCUGCAGAUGUCGGCCUUGAUGCUGACAACUGCAAAGUCCUGGUCAACAUCGAGCAACAGAGCCCCGACAUUGCACAGGGAGUCCACGGUCAUCUCACCAAGAAACCCGAAGAUAUCGGAGCUGGUGACCAAGGCCAUAUGUUCGGCUACGCCACCGAUGAAACACCAGAGCUGAUGCCGCUCACUCAUGUGCUUGCCACCAAGCUUGGUGCCAAGCUGACCGAAGUGAGGAAGAACAACACCUGCCCUUGGCUGAGACCAGACGGAAAAACACAAGUCACUGUCGAGUACAAGAAUGACAAUGGUGCAAUGGUCCCGAUUAGGGUUCACACUGUCUUGAUCUCUACCCAGCAUGACGAAACUGUGACAAACGAGAAGAUCGCCAUCGACUUGAAAGAGCAUGUCAUCAAGCCUAUAAUCCCUGCUCAGUACCUUGAUGACAAAACUAUCUUCCACCUGAACCCAUCUGGCAGAUUUGUGAUUGGUGGCCCACACGGAGAUGCUGGUCUGACGGGUAGGAAGAUCAUUAUCGACACCUAUGGUGGCUGGGGUGCUCAUGGUGGUGGUGCUUUCUCGGGCAAAGAUCCGACCAAGGUUGACAGGAGUGGUGCGUACGUUGUUAGGCAGGCGGCAAAGAGUGUGGUGGCUGCCGGACUUGCACGUAGGUGCAUUGUGCAGGUUUCGUAUGCUAUUGGUGUCGCAGAGCCACUUUCUGUUUUUGUUGAUACUUACAAGACGGGUACAAUUCCCGACAAGGAUAUUCUUGCUCUUAUCAAGGAGAGCUUUGACUUUAGGCCAGGAAUGAUUGCCAUUAACCUUGACUUGAAGAGAGGUGGUAAGUUGAGGUACCAGAAGACUGCUGCUUACGGUCACUUUGGCCGUGAAGACCCGGAUUUCACCUGGGAGACUGUUAAGGUUCUCAAGCCUAAAGCUUGAGUUUGUCGUCAUACACUGUGAUUCUUACCAGGACUUCCAUCAUAGCGCCGGAUUGCUGCUGUUUUGUUUCUGUUGCUAUUGAGGAAUAUAGAGGGAGAGCCUGGAGUAUUUGUUUAAUAUUUCUCUUUAUCUUUUUGUUUUUCGUUUCCUUAUGUUUUUGUGUUAGUAAAGUUGUAUUCAAGUUCAGUACGAUUGUCGUCUGGGGGGUCGCUUUCGAUUACUCCUAAGUUAGUUUGAUGAUUUCUGAAAUUUAAGAAACCAUUUCCACUCGA